UAUAUUUAAAUUCCCAAAAGACCUUCCCCUUUCUCACUCUUGUUUUGCUGCAGCAGCUCUUGGAGAUCAACUGCUCGACGAUUCCCCCAGAAAUUACUGGAAAAUUCUUUAAAAAUUUUAAAAGCCAAAAAGUAGAGAGAAACGAAGUCCAGUUUCUCUCUUACUUGUUCCCUCCGAUCUGAAUCGCCGUCCAGGGUUUGAUUUAGUUUUUCAGCGUUCGCUAUGGAAGCUACAGUGGCGGCUCAGCAACCAGUCUCUGCUCAACUUGUUGGAAAUGCGUUUGUACACCAAUAUUAUAACGUACUCCACCAUUCCCCCGGGAUUGUCCAUCGUUUUUAUCAGGACACCAGCAAGCUUGGCCGUCCUGAAGAUGAUGGCUCCAUGGGCAUCACCACCACCAUGCAAGCAAUCAAUGAGAAGAUUCUGUCACUGAACUAUGGGGACUUACGGGCAGAGAUCAAGUCGGUGGAUGCACAAGAGUCCUUCAACGGGGGAGUUCAUGUUCUGGUGACUGGAUAUCUGUCUGGGAAGGAUAAUACAGUUCGGAAUUUCUCUCAAACUUUCUUCCUUGCACCACAGGACAAGGGCUACUUUGUUCUGAAUGAUAUUUUCCGAUAUAUGGAGAAUGUCAAUGUGAACCCUGAUUUGGUCGGCAAUGUUGUGGUACCCAUUACACCAGAGCCAAGUCCUGCUCCACUUCAGAUUCAUGUUUCUGAGCAAAGUACUCCAUCCACAGAUGAAGCUAACGGGGGAGAAGUUCACAACCCACAUGAGAAUGUAGAUGUGCCAACUGUCGAAGAAGAAAUUCCAGAAGAGGAAAUUCCAGUAGCUGAGGUUGUUGAUGAAGUACAGGAAGAUUCUCAGAUGGUGGUUGAAUCUAGUGCUCAAAAUGAAGAAGUGCAAAAGAAGACUUAUGCUUCUAUUGUGAUGGAUCUCAAGGAAAGCAUUGCAAAUUUCUUCCCACCUCUUGCUCCUCGGAGAGCUCCCCCAAAGAUCAUGGAGCAAGCGAACCCACCUUUACCACCUUUACCACCAUCAACUGAUGCACCUGUUUCUAGUUCAGAUGCAACUGAUAUUGGGAAUAACCAAGAGGCUAAUGGUUACUCAAUAUAUAUAAAGGGCCUACCUAUGAAUGCUACCGAGUCCUUACUUGAGGAAGUUUUCAAGAAAUUUGGGGCAAUCAAGAAGGAUGGCAUUCAAGUUAGAAGCAACAGAGUAUGUAUCAAGUCUACCAAAUCCUUACUUGAGCAACAAGUGUUUUGUUUUGGCUUCGUGGAAUUCGAGGAAGCCAGCGCUGCCCAAAAUGCUAUUGAGGCUUCUCCUGUUGCCAUUGGUGGGCGCCAAGGUAUUGUUGAGGAAAAGAAGUCUACUAAUUCUCGAGCUACAGGGAACACUAGGGCGAGGUUCCAAUCUGGAAGGGGUCCUGGAUUCAGAAAUGAGGGAGUGAGAGGUCGUGGGAGCUAUGGAGGUGGAAGAGUUUACGGCCGUGGUGAUUUUAAUGCAAGGAAUGAGUUUGGAAACCGAGGUGGCAGUCGGGGAGGAUCAUCAAACCGAGGUUAUGGAUACCAGAGGGCUGAAAAUAUCAAUGGGAAUGUUGGCCGCAUGAGCCGUGCUGGUGGAAUGGUCAAUGGAGCUGCAAAAACUAUGACACCUCGGGUUUCUGCAACCGCUUGAGAACGCUAGUAUGGUCGGCAAGUGGUUUUGUAGGCUUUUCCUGUUAAAUUCUGGUAAAUUUUAAGUGGUUAUUAACCCAGCAGGUUGACAAUUUCAUGGUGAUGGACCGUCUGAAUUUUUUAUAGGGUUUUCUCACUAAGUUCUCUCACAACAUUCCUGUUUGUCGGUAUAAUUGAUUAGUAGACGAUAAGUAGGUUUUCUUUGCUAUUUUACUGGUGCCAUUUGAUGCCCUGGAGUUGCAGUUCUUCCUACAUUUUGGGUUUUGUAUGAAUGAAUAAUUUUUUGCGGGGACUUUAUUGCUAUUCAUUCUUGGACACGAUAUGGUAGAACUCCCACAAUACUUUAUUA